AUGGAAGGCCCAAAGAUUGGAGCCCUCUGCCCCCUUUACCUGUUUUCGGACUCACACUCCGAGGAGCGAUGCCUUGAAGUUGACCCAGCGGAGAUCACUAAGGAGUUCUUGAACAAGGUUUUGAACGAGAACUUCGGAGUCGAGAAUGCAGUAGAAUCGCACGUUGUCUACUACGAAAACAGGAGCUUCAACCUCAACAAGGUCUUUUGUCUUCAAAAUGAUAACGAUAUCUCACAGUUUAAGGCGCAGUUCGAAGCACUCCGCGUUGCCAAAAUUGGCGUUGCACUAAUGAACCCAACCUCUGUUCCGCCUCAGACUCUCGAUGCUAUCCAAGGGAAUAAAGGAGAGCAAGCUGCGGGCUCUGUUUCCAUUCCUGUUGACCAGUUGGAGUCCUUGAUCCAGUCUAUACAAAAGCUUGAGGUCUCUCUUAACAAGAGUCAGCAACCCUCGGGGCCGGCAAAAUCGGGAUUAUUGAAUACACAAAGCGCCCUCCAGUCCAAGACCAUUCACUAUCAGGUGAUCUGCGACGGAUGCCACCCCAGCACCCACUUGGGAACGUCCUCCAGCAGUUUCUGUACCGAGGACGGCUACAUCAAAGGCCCGAGAUUCAAGUGCUUAUACUGCUACAACUACGACCUAUGUUCCGAAUGCGUUGCCAAAGGGGUUGAAACUGGCACUCAUCAGAAGUAUCAUAACCUCAUUCAGAUCAACACCCCCGACGGCGAAAUUAAUAAAAUCUGGUCUGACAUGAAUGAUACUCCUAAGCAAGAUGAACCAGCUAAGUUCAGCGCCAGAAGCUCAGACAGGGAUGUCAUCAUUGACAUCCCUGAUCGUAAUGCCAGGGUAUUCGACUUUUUUUCGAAGAUCAAGACAGAGGAACAACUGGCGCAGCUGAUCAACCAUUAUGAGAAGUACGAAAAUCUGCUAGCGCAAGUCAGCGGUGAUGACGCAAAACUGCAAGAAGCGGUUGCGCUUAUCCUGUCUCCUUGCAAGACGAAUUCACUCGAUGCAUCUAUUGAAACGGCGCACGAGGAGGAAGAUUUGAUUGAUGUCCAGAUGGGUAAGCGCGAUCAUGUCAUUUCCUUUAAGUUAAACAACAGAGGCCCCCGUCCUGUCUCAAGCGGAUUGAGACUUGUCUUUCAGUACUUUGAACCACGCAACGCAAACCCAGUUAAGUGCACCCUCCACAUGGGGCCCCACGAGUUUCAAAAAGAUAGCUACAAAACCCUCAACUUCAAUUGCCGCGGCCUAAUAGAGAACUUUUCCUUGGGCAACCCCUGCAAAAUUGAUUUGGUUGACCAGGAUGACGACGUAAUCUUCACAGGGUCUUCUUCUGGUGGUCCCAACAUGUGCUUGAAGCAGCCCAUCAUGUUCGACAUUCAACAAUCUGUCUACUCAGAGGCUCGUGAGGUUCCAGACCUUGAAGCCGACUCCAUUGAAGACCAAGAUAUUAUCAGCAACACCGUGACAAACGAAGGUUCUCAGCACGCUUCUAGAGACGAUUCUGAACUCGACGACUACGACUUCUUAAGCGACAGCGACAUCGAGGGAUGA